CUCCUGCUGAACACAAACAACACACAACAAAGCAACAACAACAACUCCCACACCCGACUGCGGCGAUGGCAACCAAGUUUGCCUUGUCGGCGUUUUCGGCAGUGGCUGCUGAGACAUGCACGUUUCCACUGGACCUCACCAAGACCCGGAUGAUGAUCGCCACGCAAGCUGGCCAGCCAGCCCACGGCAUGUUUGCCACAGCUGCCAGCAUCGUCCGAAAUGAGGGCCUGCGCUAUUUAUGGAGGGGAUGUCCCCCAGCGCUGCUGCGACACGUCAUCUACUCAGGCUCCCGCGUGUGUCUUUACGAAGUGUUUCGAGAUAAUGUGUUCGGCAAGAACAAAGACGGUUCCGUUGCUGCUUGGAAGGCCGUGACAUGCGGGCUGUUGGCUGGUGCCGUUGGCCAAUUGAUUGCCAGCCCAACCGACUUGGUGAAGGUUCGGCUCGCUGGACAGGGCGCUGACGCUGCACUAGGCAAGCCCCUUCGAUACAAGGGCACGUUCCAUGCGUUCUCCUGCAUCGUACGAGAGGAAGGCGUCCUCGGGCUGUGGAAAGGGUGUGUCCCCAAUGUACAGCGUGCUGCCAUUGUCGGCUUCAGUGAGCUCGCCACAUACAACCUGGCGAAGGACACAUAUCGCAAGCUGCUGGGCGACAACCCUGUCUCUCAUACCCUCUCAAGCUUAACGUCCAGCUUCGUCUGCGCCGUUGCAAGCACGCCGGCCGAUCUUGUGAAGACGCGCGUCAUGAAUCAGCCCGUAGUCAACGGAAAAGGGGUGUUGUAUAAGAGCAGCUUUGACUGUCUUCGCCAAAGUGUACGGGCUGAUGGCUUUCUCUCCCUGUGGCGUGGACUUUUGCCCGUGUGGCUGCGCAUGACGCCGUGGUCACUGGUGUUCUGGCUCACAUAUGAGCAGACGCGCAACCUGGUUGGCUUGGAAUCCUUCUAGCGCCAGACUCGAGGCUUCAUCAACAGUGCUGACACAGGCGCAAGCGCGGCAGGCAGGCAACCGAACAUGAAAGGCCAGGACGCGCACAACAGCGGCGGCAGCAACGCGGCAGCCAGUUAGGUAAGGAAAUAGAUGAAAGCAAGAAAUACGAAAAAUGGAUGCGCAAAAAUGGAAACUUGAUUGGUAUUGGUGGCCCGAGCAACGGGGGCAAACCCACGCGCGCUGGCGUGAAAUGUCCCGAAAAGCAGCCAUGUAUGUAAAGCAAGCAAUAAAGUAAGAGAGGAGC